AUGGGACCGGGGUCAUAGCUUCUAUUUGUAAAUAAUUUUAUUCUCUUAGGAGCAUAAAAAUACUUAUUUUGGAGAGAUGACUUAAAGUACUUUGCAUUUAUAUUAACAGGGUGUAACAAUUGGAAAUGGUUAUUAUGAAUUUUUUAAAAAUUGUAACUUUUAAUUUUGCAAAUAUGGAUAUCUUGAAACCAGAAUUAGUUUGGGUAGAACAACAGUGCUACAGAUUUUGUGACAAAAUUUCAUGGUCUCAUGGGAAAGAGCUUGGAUCAUAUGUAGAAGAAAUUUAUGAGCCAGAUUAUGGAUCAAAUGAUGAAGAAUCUUGUGAUGCAUCUAUUGAGAUAGUGCCUAUGAAUGGAAACCGUUACAAACAUAGUUUCUAUGUGAACAAUAACUUUUAUCGAUUCAUUAUUGGAGCUAAGGGAGCUACUCUGAAACGAUUAGCAUCAGAUACAAGAACACAAAUUCAAGUUCCUAAACUUGGCCAAAAUGGAGAUAUUGUGAUAACUGGAUAUAAUCAUAGAGAUAUUAUGGCAGCAAGAAAUAGAAUAGAUAUGUUGAUUGAAACUUCAAGGAGUAAAUUAGCAUUCACUCAUUUUAUAUGUAUACCUUGCAUGUCAGAUGAGAUAAGAGAAAAUUUCAAAAAGUUUAUGGAAGAUAUUUUAAAAACAAAUGGUUCUGGAGUAAGAGGGAUCAGUGAAGAUAUUUUUCAAAAACCUGAAAAAUUGCAUCUCACAAUAAUUAUGUUAGUUUUAUUAGAUGAAGAAGAUCGCAAAAAAGCUAUAGAAGCUUUAGAAACUUGCAAAUAUGAUAUUAUUGAGCCAAUUAUGAAAAAACAUGGACCAAUAACAGUUGAAUUCAGAGGGCUUGAAAUUAUGAAUGAUGAUCCUAAUGAAGUAAGUGUACUAUAUAUUCAAGCACAUGAUCCUAGUGGAUGUCUACAAAAAAUAGCUAAUCAAAUAGCUGAUUAUUUUGUUGAUAAUGGUUUGACGAGAAAGCAGUAUGAUAAAGUCAAGUUACACAUGACAGCAAUGAAUACCAAAUUUCUGCAAAAAGAAGUUGAAGAAUAUAAUAAAAAAAAAGUAACAUUUGAUGCUACUAAUAUUCUUAAAUUUCAUGAAAAAACCUUCUUUGGCAAGAUGAGCUUAUCAGCUAUUCACCUUUCUCAGAGGCAUAACAAAUCAAAAGAUGGCUUUUAUGAAGCAACUGCAAAGAUCGAGUUUGUCACCACCUAAGCAUAUUUAAUCCGGCUUUUCUAUAUAUGACGCGCGUUAUUUAUAAAGCAAAUUUAUUUAUGUUUAAAACAAAUAUUUAAUUAGAUCUCUCGUAUACAAAAAAUUAAACCUUCUAAGCAAGAUAUAUAUUUGUUAUGUACGUGAUGCAUCGCAAAAAUAAAGAUGAUAAAUGAUA